UCGAUGCACAGCAUUGACACCAACACUACCGGCUAACAGCAGAGCUUCCUUCCUGGCUGCACCUGCAGCUUCAAGCCUGUUCGCUUGACACACCGCCUUGGGCAGAAGCAAGCAUCAUGUGAUUUAUCAGGAAAUCAAUAAUUCACUUCGAAAUUAAUCUAAUAUAUAUUAUUUUUAUACCAGAACAAUCAAUCUUUAUCCAGCUUCAAAACUCUUGUGUUUUUUUCUUCUUGUACACUAUCAUCACAAACGUUCCUUUCUAUAAUCCUGAUAUUCUUGACACUCUUUUUAUGCGGCUGCGAAAGAAACAAUGGCUGCCAAUCAAUCUUCAAAUGAGGAAGACGAAACCUUGAGAGCAAACUAUAGUCUCAUACCAGUACCUUCGGUUUAUGAGCACGAUAUAAGAUUCGACAAUCGAAAUGCCGAAGAACUGCACCAUGGGAUACUUGAAGCUGCGCGACGGGAACAUGAAAGGGUUCGGAAUGAAGCGGUGCGAAUCUUUCAAAUCACUCUUCUACAAGAACAACAACUUCGGGCACAGCUUGAAAUUCAAGCGGAACAAGAAAGGUUAGAAAUUGAAGAGACGCGCUUAAAAAUUGAGGAAAAUCGCGUCAAGACGGAAAGGCAAAAUGCAUUGGCAGAGAUUAGGAGGAGGGAAUUGGAAGAAGAAGCAAGAAGGAUACCCGUCGUCCCUCCAAAACCUCCUACCCCGCCGCCAGCUGCACCACCUAGGGUUCCUGUUCAAAUGACUUCGAAUCCACCUCAGAAUCAAUUCCAAAAUCCUCAACAGCAGCAGCAGGGAAAUGGCAGUAGUGUGUUAUUUGGCGCGCCAAGUCAACAAACGGAUGGAUCUGGACAAAGCAAACCUCAGCAAGCCAGUCCCUUUUCGCAACCUCAAACGCAACCUCAACUCCAACGGCAAACAAAUGGAUUUUCGAACGUUCAACAAGACCCUCCAAAACAAUCAUUGGCACAACCUGCACCUGCACCUCAACAACCUACCUCUACCAGGCAAGCUUCAGCUUCCUCCAGAGAUCAUCUAUUGCCCGGCGUGGAACGUUAUGUUGAAAUUCACAAGAAUCUCAAACAAUUACGGCAGUACUUGGUAGCGGAAGGAAAACAAAAUUUACCAUUCAAGAGGAUGUUGGGAGAUUAUCGAAGAUCAAUUCGGCAAACGGUUGGACAACUGACUGGUGAAAGAGGUGCGAAUAAGGAGUGUGUGAGUUGUGCUCAGAAUCAUCAAAAUGGAUAUUCAUUAAUAUUUCGCAGAUUAAUAAAAUCAUCGAUUUACUCACUCAAUCUCUUCGUAAAGUUCAAUCCCCAGGGAUCGACCCUAGCAAUUAUAUGGUCUCGAAACCAAAUCCGAUGGAAGGAGCUCAGAAUAAUGGAGAUCAACUUCCGUCUCUUUUCAUUUACCUCCUUAACUUUUUCUCCAAAGCCAUUGUUUCCCAAUUUACAACUGAAGCGGCGGUUCGACCAGAAACCGCAGACCCUGUUGGUGUCAUCGCCGUGUCAAUAUUUGCCAGAACGGAAUUCUUAUGGAGGGGUACUUCAUUAAUCGAUAUCCUAAUAGCAAAGAUGCGAAUCUCAAUACCUAUAAUCUUCGGAGUUCGUGGAAAUGAGAAAACAGAAGAAGGAAGAGCUCGAGUAGGAUGGCAAAGGCUAGAGGAUGGAGGUUGGAUCGAUGAACAAAUUCAUAACAAUAGGAUGAUUGGGUUAGCCGCGGGCUAUGCAGCAAUUUCUUUGCGAGACUUUUCCAAAGUAAAACUCACGAAUCCUUGGCCACCGACGAAUUAUUGGAGAUCUAUGGCUAGUAUUGUGUCUACUCCAACGGAACAAGCUUCACCAUCACAAUAUACGGUCCUACGAUCCAUGAUUGAGGGUUGGGAACAGAGAUUCAUCGAAUUGUAUGGAGUUCAAGCAGUUGCUGCCCUGAGAGUUGCGUUAAUUGAUUUCCCAGCUCGCGCUCCCCCUUCAGCAAAAGUGGCUGCUGGGUCGUUGAGCGUUUUGGUUGACAAAUUGGAAAGGGACAAAGGGCUAAGACUUGCAUAUUGAGCAAUGGGAGUGCUUGUAUAGUACGUUAAUUAAAAUAGGGGGAACGGCUUGGAUAUGUUUAAACAGGGGCUAACUAGCAAUUGUGCUGGUGUUUUGCGUGCAUGAGAGAGGCGUUAUGGGAAUAAAGUAGAGAGUACUUCGUAUGUCAGCGUUGGGGAGAAAUGGAGAUGGACAUGGAGCUAUUCGAAUUAUAUACCCACAUGAGUAAUAAUUUAUCCCACGAGCCUUUUCAGGUCCACGACUUGUGAUGUUUGCAUUGCUUGGUAGUUUUCCCCGCGUCCGCCUCGGAGAACUUAAGCAGGGGAGAUUAUGCAUAUGGGUAGCAUGAGCUCUUGGCCUAGAGGUUUAUAUAUCUUGAUAUGAAAAUCUG